GGGCCCGGGCCCGCAGCGCGCACGCGCGAACCCCGUUGCCUGUGGUCGUCCGGUGUCCGAAGCGUCCCGCGCUCGUCAUGUCGGCCUCGGUGGUGUCGGUCAUCUCGCGGUUCCUGGAGGAGUACCUGAGCUCCACUCCGCAGCGCCUGAAGCUGCUGGACGCCUAUCUCCUGUAUAUACUGCUGACCGGGGCGCUGCAGUUCGGCUACUGUCUCCUCGUGGGCACCUUCCCCUUCAACUCUUUCCUCUCCGGCUUCAUCUCGUGUGUGGGCAGCUUCAUCCUAGCGGUUUGCUUGAGAAUACAGAUCAACCCCCAGAACAAGGCGGAUUUCCAAGGCAUCUCUCCAGAGCGAGCCUUUGCGGAUUUCCUCUUUGCCAGCACUAUCCUGCACCUUGUCGUCAUGAACUUCGUUGGCUGAGCUGCUCCCAUUUCCUUAGGCACGGAGUUGGAGGUUGGCAGAAUGUUCACUCUUUGAUGUCCCCGGAUAAGAAUUCUUGAGAUGACAGCUUGUUGAACAUUGAUUCUUCGGAUCUGUGCUUAACUGUGGCCUUGACUGGGUGUGAAAUGGGGAGCCCAGAGACCCUCCCUUUGCUCCGUCAGACUGGCUUUACAACGUGUGUCUGUUAACACGGAGUCUGCCUUCCCCAAGUGUAACCCUUACUCUCCAAAUUAAACAAAGUUUCUCUGCCGUUCCUCA